AUGACUACCAGGCCUUACAGAGAUGCCAGGACCAAUCCUCUGUCCAUACUGCUGACAGGUGUUCCUUUUGCUCUCGAUGCUCAAGGAUUCAACCUGGAAAAUGUUAUACGGAAGAUGCCACGAAAUCCAGAUUUCAGUGUUGUAGCAAAUGUGAUGGGUCCUUUACCUAUUCCAUAUAAAUAUCUCUUGGGAUAUCCUCCAGUUAAAAAAAAAUUCUUGACCAUUGGAAUCUCUGCUGUCCAGAGAGAGAGAGAACAUUAUUUGCUGAGGACACUAGAGUCCAUUUACAACCACUGCAAGCCAGAAGAAUUAAACCUGAUAACAGUUGUUAUAUACCUAGCCAAUAAUGAUUCUAAAUUAAAUGAGCAAAGUGCCAAGGAAAUUGAGGCUCAGUUUGGUGAGCAUGUGAAUGAAGGGCAACUGCUUGUUAUAGAAAGCUCUUUAACUGGUUAUCCCCCUUUAAGUCACAUGAAAGAGGUUUUCUUUAAUACUCAGGGGAAAGCUCUGUAUCGAUCCAAACAAAACGUGGACUACGCUUAUUUACUUAACUUUUGUGCCGAUCUGUCUUGGUAUUAUUUGAUGCUAGAAGAUGAUAUAGUCUGCGCCAACAGUUUUGUAUUGACUAUACAAAAUUAUGUCAAAAAUGAGGUGAAAUCUUGGACCACUGUAUCAUUUUCAAGUCUGGGCUACAUAGGAAAACUCUAUCAUAGUUCAGAUCUUAUUAAACUGGCCCGGUUCCUCUUGAUGUUCUAUGAUCAGAUGCCUGGGCACUGGCUUCUUGAACUUUUCCAUCAAUCCCAGAAUCAAAAAGAUCUUAUAGUCUUCAAGCCUUCUCUUUUCCAGCAUACAGGUAGGGUUUCUUCAUUUCAUACUGUGGAAUUCGAAUUGCAAGACCCAGAGUUUCAAGAAGACAAUCAAGAUUUUGGAGACUUCCCUACUGCUUCAUGUCUCACAAACAUACUUGUAUUUGCAGAUUAUGUACCAGAGAAAGUGUGUCCCCCUGCAAAAGGGGUUUUUUGGGGUAUGAACAUUACAUCACAGAGUUUCUUUACUAUUGUUUUUGCAACCCCAAUUGUUCCUCAGAAGAUCCAGAUUUACACAGGGUCAGCUGAAUUUAACCAGGACAUUCUCCACUAUGGUUAUGUAGAAACUGGUAGAUUCAAAAUCCACACCCAUGAUGGUGUAACAUGUUUGCUUUUUGACCGAAUUGGGGACUUUAACAAUGGGCUCUUUGAAAUGAAAGACAUCAAUAACAUGGAUGAUAUAGAUUGCCUUCGAAUACAAGCCACAGCUUCACAAAAGCAAUGGCUACAAAUAAGGAGAAUUAGUAUUUGGGUGAAGAAUAAGUAA